AGGAGGGGGAAGGGGGAACUUAGGUAGAAUUUGCAUUCAGAACCCAGACGAGGUAAACAGUCGAGGGGACCAAAAUAGUGCUAUAUUCCCUUCUACAGCGUAGGACUUGGGGUGGGAAGGGCUAUUUAUCAAUUAGGUUUGGAAAUUAGAGCUCCUUUCUUGUUGGAGCUAGAAACUGUGUAUUCGAUAGAGUGUGUGUUGGGGUCAGGGUGUCUCUGUGGUCUCCGUUGGGAGUGAGGAAGAGAUAGGGUCUAGAAAGGGAGGUUGGUUGUAGCGUUUAAGGAGGAGUCUCUCUUCCCGACUUCCCUAACCCUUUGCUUAUAACCUUCCCUGAUUGAUUUGAGACUAAGAUGGCUGCCGUUGCUAUGGCACCCAACCCAGUCCAAACCCUCCAAGAGGAGGCAGUAUGUGCUAUCUGCCUGGAUUACUUUACUGAUCCCGUGUCCAUUGGCUGUGGGCACAACUUCUGCAGGGUGUGUGUGACCCAAUUGUGGGGUGGAGAGGAUGAGGAGGAGAGGGAGGAAGAGGAAGAUGAAGGAGAAGAGGAAGAAGUGGAGGCAGUGGGUGCCAGUGGUGGGUGGGACACUCCUAUGAGAGAGGACGAGUACGAGGGGGAUAUGGAAGAAGAAGUAGAGGAAGAGGAAGAUGAGGAGUUUUGGACCAAUAGCAUCAAUGGCCCUACCUGGGACAACAUGGAUUAUGUAUGGGAUGAGGAUGAAGAGGAAGAUUUGGACUACUACUUGGGGGAUGUGGAAGAGGAACUAAGGGGUGAGGAGGAGGAAGAAGAUGAAGACGAGGAAGUGUUAGAGGAAGAUGAGGAGGAAGAGGAAGAGCUAGAGCCAGCUACCCCUCCACCACCAGCCACCGCUCCUAGGCGUAGAUUCACCUGUCCCCAGUGUAGGAAAACUUUUCCACGUAGGAGCUUUAGACCCAAUCUACAGUUGGCCAACAUGGUGCAGGUAAUUCGGCAAAUGCACCCUGCGCCUCGGAGAGGAAGUCGGGGAAAUGAACAAGGAGUAUGCCCCAAGCACCAAGAGGCCCUUAAAUUGUUCUGUGAGGUGGAUGAAGAGGCUAUCUGUGUGGUAUGCCGAGAAUCAAGAAAUCACAAGCAACACAGUGUGGUGCCAUUGGAGGAAGUGGUGCAGGAGUAUAAGGCCAAGCUGCAGGGUCACGUGGAGCCAUUGAGGAAGCACCUGGAAGCUGUGCAGAAACUGAAGGCCAAGGAAGAGAGGAGGGUCACAGAGCUCAAGAGUCAGAUGAAGACAGAGCUGGCAGCGGUAGCAUCAGAAUUUGGAAGAUUGGCACGAUUUCUGGCUGAUGAACAAGCUGGGCUUGAACGGCGUUUAAGAGAACAGCAUGAAGCCCAGUUAGGGCGAGCAGGAGCAGCAGCGGGACGCCUAGGAGAGCAAGCUACACAGCUAAGUCGACUGUUGGCUGAGGCACAAGAGCGAAGCCAACAGGGGGGACUUCGGCUGCUCAAGGAUAUCAAGGAGACUUUUAACAGGUGUGAGGAGGUACAGCAGCAACCUCCAGAGAUCUGGUCCCCAGAUCCCAGUCAUCCCCACAGUCAUGACUUCUUGACAGAUGCCAUUGUGAGGAAGAUGAGCCGGAUGUUCUGUCAGGCUGCCCGAGUGGACCUGACUCUAGAUCCUGAUACUGCUCAUCCAGCUCUAGCCCUGUCACCAGACCGACGUGGGGUCCGUCUGGCAGAGCGGCGCCAGGAACUUCCUGAUCACCCCAAACGAUUUUCAGCUGAAUGCUGUGUGCUGGGUGCCCAGGGCUUCCGUUCUGGUCGCCAUUAUUGGGAGGUAGAAGUCGGGGGGCGGCGUGGCUGGGCUGUAGGGGCUGCUCGUGAAUCAACUCGUCACAAGGACAAGGGAGGACCAGCAGUGGGUCCUGGGGGUGGUAGUGGGGAUGCCACACCAUCCCGCCACCACCAUCGCCGCAGACGGCCCCAUUUGCCCCAGCAGCCAAUGUUUCAAAGGGAGGUAUGGUGUGUGGGCACCAAUGGAAAGCGGUACCAGGCACAGAGCUCAACUGAGCAGACACCUUUGAGCCCUGGUGACAAGCCACAUCGAUUAGGGGUAUACUUGGACUAUGAAGCAGGACGACUAGGUUUCUAUAAUGCUGAGACUCUAGGACAUGUACAUACUUUCUCAGCUGCCUUUUUGGGUGAGAGGGUCUUUCCCUUCUUCAGGGUGAUUUCCAAAGGUACUCGAAUCAAACUGUGCCCCUAAAGCAUCCCAAUGCUUGCUCUCCCCUCCCCCAAACUUCCUUUAUCUUGGAAGAGGUUAAGGGUGGGUCCUCAAGCUGGGGAGGUUGGUUUUCUUCUGCAUCCCUAUUCUUUUCUCCUAUGUUCCCACCUCCGGUUUUCAUCUUCUUCCCUUGUCUCUCCUCUCAAUCCUUUUCUAUGGUUGGGUCUCUGAAAGAAAAAUUGUUAAUCUGCUUUCCCCAUUUUCUACCUUAACCCUUUCCAAUUCCACCUGUAUUGUUUUACCUAAAUGAAUUUUAUUUAGGGAAGGGAUAUUGUUGUUUUGUUUUCUUUAAUGGUAUGAGACCCUUUCCCAUCCUCAAAUACCUGUCAACUGUCUGUAGCUGAGAGGGAGAGAUGGGAAGGCUGGAUUCCUCCAAGUUGUCUCAGAUCAAAACCAUAUUGGUUUCAUCCUCAUGGUUUUGUUCUUUUUCACCUUAGAUUGUCUCCACCUUUUUUUUUCUUUUCUCCUACUCACUUGCCUCCAUUUUCUGAAGGGGAGUUUGUCACCAAAAAAUAUGACUAUAUUCUCAGGCCCAGAUUUCCCUUGCCCCUCCCCAGUUUGCAGCAUACCCUACUUGGCAGCCCACUAGGAGGUAGGGAUCAAUUUGAUCCUUUGAGAAGUCUUGGGCAUAGUCUAUAUUUUUCUAGAACCUUCCACUUAAAAUUUGAGAGUAACCCUUGCUCCACCCCAUUUCUUAGCCUCCUGCCUUUCUCUGUACUGCUCUUUAGCCGAGGUUGGUUGGGGGGGGGGAGGGAAUUGAGGGGUGGGAGUGGAAUUCUGUGUAGAAAUGGACAAUAAAAGUUUACUGUUUAUCAGUUGCAUCAAGUAUGAUUUUAUUUUGUACCUUCUGGGUUAAGAUGCAUUCUAAUUGCUUUAAAUUUUUAAUGCUUUUCCUUAUCCAUAUUACCACUUACUUUGCCACUAUAGUUAAGAUUCUUCCAGUGAGUGCCAAUCUGCAUGAAGUAGCGAAACAGCAAAUAACUGGAAGAAAUUGAUCAUGUAAAUCUGGUUUUAAGGAGGGUGGCCCCAUCCUACAAAGAUCACUCAUAUAAAUGCUAUGAAGCAAAAUGGGGACUUCUCAUUUUUUUUGUUUUGUUCUUUGGAUUUCCUUUUCCUCUUUUCCCAGCUUCAUCCAUGAUUACCUUCGUUUUUUCCCAAUCAUUUUUGCUUUCGUGUGUCUCAUUUUCUAAACCAGGGGUCCUCAAACUGGCCUGUGGGCCAGAUGUGGGCUGAAGACGUUUAUCCCCCUCACUCAGGGCUAUGAAGUUUAUUUAAAGGCCCACAAAACAAAGUUUUUACUAUAGUCCGGCUCUCCAACAGUCUGAGAGACAGUGAACUGGCCCCCUAUUUAAAAAGUUUGAGGACCCCUGUUCUAAACCUUACUUCACCCUACAUCCCCAAAUUCUGCAGCUAAGGUCUCAUUCGUUUCCUGUGCCUCACACAAUAUCCUUUGGGGGACAGGCAGAAAAAAUAUGCUUAGGGUAUGUGCAAUGUGCCUGUGAUGUCAAGUUCAAGAGAAAACAACUAAGCACCUCCCAAACAGAAUUGUGAACUAUUUAAAAAUAAAACAGAUGCUAACUUGUAAUUUUCUAAGCCAAUAUAACUUUAUAUAUAGAGAUCCAUUUCCACUUGAGCUUCAUACCACUGUUGUAGUGUAUAUAUUGUUUAAGAUUACUUCUAAGUAGUCCUUAUAGAAAAUCCAGGUUUUAUCUGCAGUUCUUUAGGGGAAUCUGAAUUAGGUUCUGUGCCAAUGUCAGGUUCUGCUCCUUGCUGCACUUGUUAAUCAGCGCUGCUUUGUUUCACUUUGGAUUCUGGGCUGACCUGAAAUUGCCAACAAACCCGACAGUUUCCAAAAGCUGGAAUCUUCAAGUGUCAAGUCUUAAGUUUCUAGAAUGGGGGACCCAAGCCCUGGAUGUUGUAGUUUGCCUAAUGUUGAUACAUCUUUAGAAUUCCCUAGAUUCCACCCAACUACUUUGUUUUUAACCAAACACAAACUCUAGCAUUGCUAGGAAUAUAGCCUAGAGGGCCACUCUCCUGCUCAUGGAUUUCUGUCAUUCUUUGUAAUGGUUUUCUUAAUUACUUGACCUGACGUGAAUUAAAGGAUAUGGUUA